AAGCUGGUCCAUAGAAAAAGUCACGCAAUAUAACAUUUUUGCUUGAUUUUGCAACAUGAUGGGUGAGUUUUAAUCAAUUAUUAGUGUAUCAGUCUCUAUGUCGACUUCCAGUGCCAUCUAAUAGCUGUCUUACUGCCGAACUGACCUUGUACUCAAGCCAUUUUUGCCGGUUUUUCGAACCCAGUGUCUGCGGUGAAUAAGCUGAGCAUCGGUUCUUAAAAUUAAUUAUCAAUCGUCACUGAAUCGUGUUAAAAUUAUUAUCAAUAACUGUGCCGGUUCAAAGGGAAACAUGUCCCAGACUGCUAUCGUCGUGCUUGUCGACGUUUCCGAAAGCAUGAAGAACAUAUACUGCACUCUACAGACAAAGAACGAUGACGAAAAAACCUCACGAUUACAGUCGGUAUUCGAAUCGGUUAUUCAGAUUGCAUCCGAAGAAAGUGGAAAAAAUAAUUGUACAGUGUCCGCGGUGGCAUUUGGGAUUCGCACGGAAUCCGGACAUCAGUGUCUCUGCGAUAUGUUUUCGUUGCUGAAGUUUCAAAAUAAUGCCCGUAAAAACAGAGACAACUCUGGAAGCGCCAUUACCCAUGGCAGUUAUCAAUCAGAAACAACUGUUCAGGAUACGAAAGCACAGUCACAGCAAAAGGGGCCCGGGUUUGGUCUGCUUAUAACCCUCUUGCAAAACAACGGAGCACCGUAUUGUUCUGAGUACGUACACAAGUAUUUAAGCCACGACGAGUGCCAAUAUCUACACACAUUUUACUCUUCGGAACCGACCCUGUUGGCGGAAAUAGUUAAGGAAUUACCGGCUGUCUGCCGCGAUAAUUUAAGUCAUUCUACGUAUGGUGUUGGUAAACACAUUGGAAAUCUUCUCAGCCCUUUCAGCUUUGGGUUGUCAUCAAGAGUGGUAGAUGCCGCUCAUGACAAUGAACGGCUGAAUGCCCGAGCCCAGGUCAAGAAAUGCAUGGACCAUGUUCUUACAAAACACAGCCAGCCUGGUUCCAUCCACCUGGAGCAGGCCGUCAACAUAAUAAAAGAAGCCGCGGAAAUGGAUCCAAAUAAAGCAGAAAUCCGGAAGCUGACGAAGCAGCAACUCGAUCGGGUUAUCGAGGGUAUCGAACCAUACAUUUACGGAUCCAGUACUCCAAUGUGCGCCGCCGUUUCAUCCGCCUAUUCCAUCUUAAUAAAUAGCGAUAACAGUCGUGCAGACUGGAAGAUGUUGGUAAUAAUGACUGACGGCUAUCCUACCGAUGGCGAAAUACCAAAUGUGCCUACCGGCCUAAAAGUCAAUAUCGCCACCUGCUUAAUAGCAGACGAUUUGACGCCAAACCAGUGCAAGGCACUGUAUUAUAAGGAGGACGAAAGCUGGGGCGAUGGAAGGCGAGCAUUAUUCAGACUCUGCACUAAUGUACCCUGCCGGCAUCCCGCCAUUCAGUUUUUACGGCGACGGAAGUGGAAUAUUUCAGAAAGGGGGGAAGUUAGGCUAUUUGCUCCAGUUAAUGAUCCAGAAGCUAUCGAAGACUUUACAACGGUGGCGCAGUCGUUAGCCAAUAGUGGCGAUGCGACUGCGAAUUUGUUUGCCAGAGUCGCACUGGACGAGUAUAUCAACAAUGAGCUGCAGGUUGCCGCGAAUAAUCCCCAUAAACAGUACGAUGCGACUUGCUAUGCGUAUGCAACAGCCACGGUUUUCCAUCUGGUCAUGAAGAGGAUACAAGUCCGGACACAUUCACAAUACACGCGACCGGAUACCAGAGGCAGAGACGGUGGCGUGCCAGCUUUCAAGGAUCUGUAUGGCGAAUUUGUUAAAGAUUUCGGAACUGAUGGGGCGAACACAGAGGAGGUUGUCAAAAAAUUUGCAAGCAAAUACCGACUUAAAUAUCGCCAAUUAAAUAUCAAAACCGGGUCUGUUGGGGACGAAAAAGACCAAAUCUACGGCUGCGAAGCUAGGCAAGCUUUAAAUGCCGGUCGUCCUCUGAUUGCGACGUAUCGUCUGAGCAAGCAGCAAAGAGAAAAAUUCAAUCAGUUUUAUAAAAACAGCAAACAAGGUGUGCUGACGAAGGAAGACUUGGGGGAAGACGGCAACGCGCCAACAGAAGGUCAUGCUGUUGUGCUUAUCCAUUGUGAUCCCGUAUGCCUGGUGUUUUUGAAUUCCAGAGGGAAAACAUUUGCAGACAACGGUCUGUUCCGAGUUGCUGAUAAUUUUGUAUUGAAUUGCAAAUAUUAUGAAGUUUAUUGGGAGCAGAAUGCAUUGACCGAAUGCGAGAAGGAACAGUUUACACUCUCAGGAUACAAAAGAGCUCACGAUUUAGCCCGGCAACUCCCUGAUUCAAUCAAGCGUUUGCAUUAUCGCUGUCCAAGCUGUUCGCAGCCAUCCGCAGCCAAUGAAUAUACCGGCAAUUUCGUAGUAGCAACCUGCCCAAAGUGCAAAAAAUCCUUUAUUCCUGCGCCGAUUGGAUUUAUUGCCGGUUUUUAAUUAGGCUUUUUGAGUGUAAAAUUUUUCACGCCUUUGAUUUCCAGGUGGCACUAACUGUUAAACGGGAAUGACAUGAUUUGCUUAUGUACGCUGCCGGUUUAUCCGAGAACGAACUAAAAUUUCCGGUGGCUUUCUGAUGUUAAUUAUCCACAAUAAUUAAUGUUUUGUCACCGCGCCUGAUCUUUCUUCUUUCAUUAUGCUAUCUGAAUCUGUAUCUGAACU